AUGUCCGCGGCGCUAACACUCUCAUCCCUAAGACCAUGGCGUCCCAAUACCAUCUCCACCACCACCACCACCACCACCAGCAGACCGCCACUGCCGCAAGGAAGUGUUUCCUUUGCCGUUCAGAGCCUCAAAUUCGACUAUCAAGAUAAAGAAUCCACCCAAUAUAUUGGAGAUGCCAGUGCACUCAAAUCCAAUAAACCACUGCGAAACACCUUCAACAAGUCUAGAAAUCAACAAAAUCAAGAACCAAAAGACGAGCAAAAGGGGCAGCUGAGCGGUGCUGAUGUAUUAUGGGCUCUACAAAGAGCCAAUGCCCACAAAUCCAAGAAAAAGAAAGACAAAAGGGACACUAUAUCUAGAGAUAGAAAAUUUGUUGAACGAGAAAUCCAAGGGUCUGUAGAUUAUACUAGUGUUAGACCCUUAUGCAUCAAAACUGAAUGGACUGCCCGAUUGGAGGAAUUGGAGAGGCAGCUUCAGGAGCUUAUAGAUACUUAG